CAGUGGGCCAAGUCACCAGGCACAACAGUGGACUCUGAGUCAAUUGGCACGACAGCGGGCACCGGAUCAUCUGGCGCUGGAUCGUCUGGCUCGACAGCAGGCAUCGGGUCACCAGGCAUGACAGCAGGCACUGGGUCAUCAGGUACCGGGAUCGUCUGGAUCGACAGCGGGCACCGGGUCAUCUGGCGCUGGAUCGUCUGGCUCGACAGCGGGCAUCGGGUCACCAGGCAUGACAGCGGGCACUGGGUCAUCAGGCAUUGGAUCGUCUGGCUCGACAGCGGGCAUCGGGUCACCAGGUAUGACCGCGGGCACUGGGUCAUCAGGCAUUGGAUAGUCUGGCUCGACAGCGGUCAUCGGGUAACCAGGCAUGACAGUGGGCACCGGGUCAUCAGUUACCGGAUCGUCUGGCUCGACAGCGGGCACUGGGUCAUCAGGCGUGAUAGGAUCAUCAGGCUGGAUCAGCUGGGUACAGACAUCAGGCUGAAGUGCGGGUGCCGAGGCACC